AUGGACUCAACGCCAUCUCCAACCUUGGAGACAGUGCUGUCAUUGUGGCCGGUUGUCAGCAGUCUAAGCCAGCAUCUUCCCGCCGGGGAUCUGAUCACUCUUUCCAGAAUAAGCGUCGGUCUCCGUGCUCUUCUCCAUGGGUUCGAGAAGCCUCGGGACUGCACCUUGCCCACAGACUGCCAUUUCGUCCGUGAAGGACUGCACAUUGGGAAACAUGGCACGCUGUACUGGCAGCGGCUCAAGCGCCGAGCACCCUUCGAAUGCUCCUCCCGCACUCAUACCAAAGGCCCAUUCCCCAAGCCUUGCCGGUAUUGCUCGAAACCAAUAUGUGACGCCUGCAUCGUCCGCUCUUCGUUCGCCCGGGGCCACGAGAAUACGUUUCAGAAUCGGGCACGCUAUCUCUGCAACAGGUGCUGGGAGACGGGAAAUCCAAGCCAGAGCGAGCGCUUUGUGCUACACCCUCCGAAUGAAGCUCCGCUGAAGCGAAAGUGGUAUGACCCAGAUGGAAGUACCAAGGACUCCUGUACUUGCACUUUGAAGGACGAUGGCUGGCUUUGCCUCGACUGUAAAGAUUUGCAGAACUGGGAAGCCAUCUCCUCAGCAGCUACAAACUGCCACGGGAAGGACUGUAGAGAACCGCUCGAUGCGGACAAGGAACGGAGAAGGAUCUGCCUUUGGUGCGACAAGGCGCUUCCCAGACAGAUAGGUGGCACGACUAGGUACCAUUGGAACCAAAAGAUGGUCGAAGCCCGGGCACGCAAUGCGGCUUCCCGUCAAGCCGACCUAGAGGAAUACAACAAGAGGCGCUUGAAGCUGAUGAGGAUGUCUCGGCGGGAGAUGCGUGGUGACGAGGCGGUCAAAGACGAUCCAGACGCUGACAUUCCCCAGUUCGUCCGACAUCUCGACACUCUCAAUUACCGCAGCUACAUGACCGAAUCAGCCGCUCCGUCGGGGGAUUCUAUCUAUGACUCGAAGAGAGGCUACUGGAGAUAUAGCAGAGAGUUUAUUCUCGGCAUGAGAAGACGCUGUACUCAUGUUCCCAUGCCAUCCCAGAUGCGUGAUUUCAACCGCCAGGAUCAGGGAGCUCUGACCUUUGCUCGGACGAAUGCCGAGCUUUUGGAAGACAAGGUGUCUUUGAAGACCAUGAUCAUGUCAAUAUCCGAAGAUCGUGUCAAGGAGUGGUGUACCCUCAAGACCGUGAUACUGGAAGCCUUUCUUGUCCAGAAACUUGGCUACCCGGCAGCUCAGCGGGCCAUACAAGAAGAGUAUGGCUUUGACGCAACCGUCACAGAGUAUCACCAGGUUUUGCGUCUCUGGUAUCCUCAGGUUCACACCAAACAAUACCGAAGAAGGUCCCUUGAAGAGGAAGAUGAUGCGACUGAGACUCCCGAUGCUUCGCGUAACAAUGACGACGAGCCGAUCAAUGGGUUGAUACUCGAUGACAAUAUCACUUCCACAACGGAAGACCAGCAACCUCCCAUCUUUUCCAACGGCCCGUCCAAGAGCGCAGACGGGAAGCCUAGCCCCGAAGCCGGCGUUGAUAAUGACUCUGACCAUGGCCUAGCCUAUGACCAGGCCGAUGAUGAUCUACAGAAGCUGCGGCAGAAUGCAGAAAUGGCGUCUGGAGAACUGGUCUCAUCCGAACCAUGCCGACUCGCCGGAAAUCUAGCGGAGACGACGCUUGCCCCAUCGGACAGCCAGGUCCAGAUUGCUCUCGACUUGACUCUCGACUUGGAAGAAGAGGAUCAUCCAGGAGGAGGAGAAGUUGAGGAACAUCGAGUGGAAGAAGAUGACGAUCCGCCGCCAUAUACACCAGAGGGAUGGAUCUGGCCAUGA